AUUUAGCUUUAGCCAACGGCUCCAGCAGACAAUCGAGCCCAAAACCAUCACCUUCGAGGAUGACGUCGGCAGACAUUCUGGUGCAGACAGCAGGCUACGGCUACCACCCUCACGCCGAUGAAGACGAUUACGACGAGCAAGAAGACGAGCAAGAAGACGACGAACAUGACGAUAUUGAGGCCGAAUUCGACGAGCUCCUCGAAGCGCAAGUGCGGAAUGACAUAAUCCAGGAAGACGAGGAAGAAGACGACGAUGACGACGAAGAGGAGGAGUACAGAGUGGGAAGGCAUCACGAUCAUGGACAGCCAGCUACCUUCGUCCCCCAGUUUCGGCCGGGAAUGCCGCUUCCCAUGACGGCGUCGGUCGAUAGCGAAAUUUUCCAUGUCAAGAGCAAAAUUGCCCACAUUAUGGGGUUGCUGAAUCAGGAAGGGAAUUUAACGGGGGAGGAGGCGGCGGCGGUUGAAAGGUUGAGAGAGGUGAGGAAGGAAGGAAGGAAUCAAGUCUGGCCCGGCUUUUUCAGCGUUUCCCCACUGACUUGGUGUUUGUUCAACAGCUUGCAGAAAGCGCAACGCAGAAUAUCGUCGCAUUACCGGCUCCUGUCGCAUUACUGGAUCCGCAAACGAGUGUCCCACCAGCGGUCAGCUUCCCGACCUAUCCUGAACCGGACGCCUUUCCGAUGCUAGUAGCCGCCGCGUUAGCCGCCCAACCUGGCCCUCACAAAAAUCUCAUCCCGGAACCAGAAGUAGAGUCCGGCGAGACGGACGGCAUCGUGAGACGCAGGCGGAAACCCAAGGAACGCUAUCGGUGUCCAAAUGUCGACUGCGAUAAGACAUUCACGAGAAAGUUCAACCUCCAGGUGCACAUGAAAACCCAUGAUCCUGAGCGCCCACGACCGUUUCUUUGUCCUGUAUGCCAGCAGGGGUUUUCACGGCAGGUUGAUUGUAUACGGCAUACCGAAAGUGAGUAAAAGCU